AUGACUAUGAGAAGUCCGCUAAUGAGCGAUCAUCCCCAACCAUUACGAGCAAGUCCUCUGUCUGCUCAAGAUGAAGAAAUUCAAGUCCGUCUAGAUGACAGUCGAUAUCGUAGCUUUCCACCACCAAGAAGAGUAGUACAACGAAACACUCCUGCGCCAAUCCUGAUGCAAGAUUUUGAAUUUCCUAAGAAAUCGCACGAUAUUCCAAGACAUUAUCCAAUCGUCGAUGAAAUAUACCCUGAAUUACAUCCGUACAGAACGAGUGAGGAUGGGUUUGUCAGUUUAACCAAUGGGGAUAACAUGGCACAAAAUAAGAGAGCUAGUAGAAGUCGGCCAUGGAUGCAAAAUUUGCAGACACAGGAUAGGAUCCAAAGAUACAAAAGAAGAAGACCGGCAACAAAAUGGAUGAAGUGGAUGAAUAGUGAUUGGAAGAAUCUAGAUAUUGUCGCUGUAAUUGGAGAGUUAAUUGGAACGACACUUUUUCUUUUCUUUGGCUAUGCGGGUAUUGAAGUUGCGAAACUUCAAGGGCGUGAACCACCAGAUCUUGAAGUCUUAUUUUAUAUAUCCGCAACUUUCGGUGCCAGUCUUAUGGUUACUGCGUGGAUAUUCUUUCGUAUCAGUGGAGGGUUGUUCAAUCCCGCCGUAACGCUAGCACUUGCCUUACUCAAAGCAGUCUCACCGAUUCGUGCUGUUCUUCUCGCCAUUACACAACUUGGCGCUUCGUGUUUAGCUGCUAUUCUCGUGCAAGAAAUAUUUCCAAAGCAACUUGAAGUUGCCACCACACUUGGAAGUGGUACUUCUAUGGCUCAAGGAUUCGUCAUUGAAGCCAUUACUACAGCGGCUUUGAUCUUUACCAUCAUAAUGUUAGCUGUUGAGAAACAUAAAGCUACAUUUGUUGCUCCUAUCGGGAUCGGGCUUGCCCUUUUUGUUGCUCACAUGGUUGCUGUUCCAUUUACUGGAGCAUCUUUAAAUCCAGCUCGUAGUUUUGGUCCAUCAGCCAUUGUCUGGAACUUUCCAAGAGAACAUUGGAUCUACUGGGUUGGACCACUUCUGGGGCGGGGCUGGCAAUUGAUCAAGCUGAUGGAAUACGAAAUGGCAAAUCCUGGACAGGAUGGAGAUCCAGAUAAUGAUCCAACACAGAAUCCUGAACUUGAUGUUGCACAAAACGCUCAUGAAAGAGAAGAAGAAGUCCAGGCUCUUAAUAAUGGAAAGUCUUGGUAUAGAGAUGACUCUAGUAGUGGAUCAAUGAGGAGGAAAGAAUCGGUCAAUAGUUUUACCGGAGGUAGAAGAUCAAUGGAUCGAAGGGGUGAGAUAUUCAGAAGAUUAGAUGAUGUGGAAGCUCAAUGGCGAAGGCAACAAUACAGGAAUGUUAUAUGA